AUAACUUUCUGGCCAGCAAGCUGCAGGGCCCAGGCCUGAUGGCUUGGUUGUUUGGUUCUAAAAAUCAACUGAAUAAAAGAGCUGCUCACCGCACUGUCUCAGUAGGUGAUUCACUGUUUGUGUGGGCUGGUAGACAGGAUGGUUUAACUUUACCUGAAGUACUCGUACAUGAUAGUGAAGAGAAGAGAAGGAUCACUAGUAAUAUGCAGCACUUUACUCCUUCAACAGGCCAAUGGAUCACUAGAGGUACUACUGGUACUCCUCCAUUAGGAGUGAGAGACUACUGCUGUACUGCAAUACAUGAUCAAUUGUAUUAUUUCGGGGGAUGGUGUGGCCAUGGCGCCUGCUAUCACAACAGUAUUACACAACUGGAUACUGUUAGUUUUCAAUGGAAAGAAUUAGAACUAACUGAUGCAACUAGACCAGUCAUGAGGAGAGGCUGGGGUGGAAUGAUAUCAUUUGAACUUGAAGGAGUACACCAUUUACUAAUGAUAGGAGGGUAUGGAUCUAAACCAUCUGUACAACUACCUCAUCAUAAAUAUAUUAUGCUACCUAGUGGAAACUGGCGAACUAAUGAACACUCAAUGUAUAAUCUAUCAUCAAGAAAAUGGAACAAUCCUUCAGUCAUUGGUCAAUGUAUACCACCUUCUAGCACCUUUAUCAUUGAAAAGAUCAACAACACUAGAACUGUUUUGUUUGGUGGACGAGAGACUGAUGAUGAUGCUAAGGAUACUUAUACUAACAAUAUUUAUAUAUUAGAGAUAUCAAUCAGCACUGUGUUCUGGCAGUGUAUAAAGAAACCUGAGGCAAUAGACCAAUGGCCUGUGGGUAGAAACCGUCAUGCAGGUGCUAUUAUUAUAACUAGAUCAGACUGUCCUAUGCUAGUGAUAAGUGGUGGGGUGGAUAAGAAUAAUGAUACAUUAGAUGAUUGUUGGAUCUUUAACAUCACUCAACAUUCCUGGAUAAAGUUAGCUGUACCUCACUCUGUUAGUAAGAGAUUUGGUCAUUCUCUCUCUGUGUUCAUUAUGAGUCCUCAUUGUGUCUGGAUAAUAGCUGCUGGAGGAUAUGUUGAUAAUAGAUUAACAUUUGUCACUAAUCCUAACAUUGUUACGUUAACUGAACUAGUUACUAACAGUAAAGAAGAGUGGACAGUAGGUGAUACAUUAGAUACCAAUGGUAUGAAUAAUGAAGAAUACAAGAAGAAGUAUCAGCAGCAACUACAGACAGGAAGAAGAAUAUGGUUGGAGGAGUACCAGAAACCAAGAAAAGGAGAUACAGCCAAUAUUGAGCAAACCGUACAAGCUCUUAUGAAGAGUCUUAAAGAGAAGAAGAGAGAAGCACAAGUUUAUCGUCAACAACUGGAGCAGAAGGAAAGAGAAGAAGCAGAGAAAGAGCAAGAAAUAAGAAGAUAUCGUCAUCAGCUACAAGAGAAGGAUAGAGAGCAUCAGGUGGUACUGCAGGAGAAGGAUCUAUUGAUAUUACAAAAGAAUGAAGAGCAUCAGAAGGUAAUAAAGGAGAAGGAUAGGGAGCUACAAGAGAAGGAUAGGGAACAUCAGGCAGUACUGCAGGAGAAUCAGGAGGCACUAAGACAGAAGGAUAGGGAGCUACAAGAAAAUCAAGAAACAGUACGACAAAAGGAUAUUGUGAUUCUUGAGAAGGACAGGGAGCUACAGGAGAAGGAUAGGGAGCUACAUCAGUCUCAAGAGGUAGUUCAUAUGUAUCAGCAACAAGCAUUUACUGAUGAUCACUGGGUUAUUAAUAAAGAUGAGGUGACUUUGACUAAGGAGGAGUUAGGAAGAGGAUCUUAUGCUGUUGUUACAGUUGGUAUCUUUAGAGGUUUAAGAGUAGCUGUCAAGUCACUUCAUACUAUCAUCAUCUCAGAUUUUAAUUUAGCUCUCUUUUCCAGGGAAAUGAGUAUAGCAUCACGAGUACGUCAUCCUAACCUGGUCCAGUUUAUUGGUGCAACUAAAGUGGGUAAUCCUCUCAUCUUGACCGAGCUGAUGAGCACUAGUCUUAAUCAGGAGCUUCGCAGAAAACAAUUUACCAAUCAACAAAUUCUGAGUAUUGCUCAGGAUGUAGCUUUAGGUCUCAACUACCUUCACCUGUUUAAGCCUCAGCCUAUUAUUCACAGAGAUGUUAGCAGUCCUAACGUAUUAUUAAAGCCUUGCACUGGACCUGCUGGUUAUGAAGCUAAAGUAGCAGAUUAUGGUACAGCUAAGUUAGUACAAGUUGACAGUACUGGUACUAUUAUGCCAGGCAAUGUUGCAUAUGCUGCGCCAGAAGCUCGUGAUCCUGAUCAACACAGUCCAGCAAUGGAUGUCUACAGUUGCUCUGUUCUCCUUAUGGAAAUGACGUUGUACUCUCCCCCAGAAAUGACAACAGCAGAGAGAGAAGUACAAGCUGGUAGUAUCUCCUGGUCUGAUAUGAAGUCUCUCAUACAAAGAGGACUUAAUGCUGAUCCUAGAGCUCGUCCUACUAUGGCUCAAGUAAUAGAGUCAUUGAAAAGGAUGAAGAUUUGAUUAAAAUGGUUUGUAUUUUGAUGCUCUAAUUAUUGCUUCUGCCUUUUAGUUAUUUUUUAUUAUUUUGUGUGUUUUAAUCUAACCAAUAUUUUGAUUACUCUCUUGUCUUCAGUUAUUCUUAUUUUUGUUUGCUUUCA